AUGAGCCUGACCGCCCGCGUCUCCUGCUCCAUGCUCAGCUGCUUCGGUGAGGAGGGGCCCCCCAGCCUGGAGUACAUCCAAGCCAAGGAUCUGUUCCCCCCCAAGGAACUAGUGAAAGAGGAGGAGAAUCUGCAGGUGCCCUUCACAGUGCUGCAGGGCGAGGGAGUGGAAUUCCUGGGCCGCGCCGCUGAUGCCCUCAUCGCCAUCUCCAACUACCGGCUGCAUAUCAAGUUCAAGGACUCUGUCAUUAACGUCCCCCUCCGGAUGAUUGACAGCGUGGAGAGCCGGGAUAUGUUCCAGUUGCACAUCGCCUGCAAGGACUCCAAAGUGGUGAGGUGCCACUUCUCCACGUUCAAGCAGUGCCAAGAGUGGCUGUCGCGGCUAAGCCGGGCCACAGCGCGACCUGCCAAGCCCGAGGACCUCUUUGCCUUUGCCUACCAUGCCUGGUGCCUGGGGCUGACUGAGGAGGACCAGCACACCCACCUGUGUCAGCCAGGUGAGCACAUACGAUGUCGGCAGGAGGCUGAGCUGGCAAGGAUGGGCUUUGACCUGCAGAAUGUCUGGAGGGUCUCGCACAUCAACAGCAACUACAAGCUGUGCCCCAGUUACCCCCAGAAGCUGCUGGUUCCUGUGUGGAUCACAGAUAAAGAGCUGGAGAACGUGGCUUCCUUCCGCUCCUGGAAGCGGAUUCCCGUGGUUGUGUAUAGACACCUACGCAAUGGGGCUGCCAUUGCCCGCUGCAGCCAGCCCGAGAUCAGCUGGUGGGGCUGGCGCAAUGCUGAUGACGAGUACUUGGUCACAUCCAUUGCUAAAGCCUGUGCCCUGGACCCAGGGCCAAGGACCAGUGGGGGCUCCCUCAGCACCGGGAACAGCGAUGCCAGCGAGGCAUGUGACACUGACUUCGACUCCUCGCUGACGGCAUGCUCCGGAGUAGAGAGCAGCACGGCCGCCCCCCAGAAGCUGCUGAUCCUGGAUGCCCGAUCCUACACGGCGGCGGUGGCCAACAGGGCCAAGGGCGGCGGUUGUGAGUGCGAAGAGUACUACCCCAACUGUGAGGUCGUGUUCAUGGGAAUGGCCAACAUCCACGCCAUCCGGAACAGCUUCCAGUAUCUCCGUGCUGUGUGUAGCCAGAUGCCGGAUCCUAGCAACUGGCUGUCGGCUCUGGAGAGCACCAAGUGGCUGCAGCACCUGUCGGUGAUGCUGAAGGCGGCGGUGCUCGUGGCCAACACGGUGGACCGGGAGGGCCGGCCCGUGCUGGUGCACUGCUCGGACGGCUGGGACCGCACGCCGCAGAUCGUCGCGCUGGCCAAGAUUCUCCUGGACCCGUAUUACAGGACGCUGGAGGGUUUCCAGGUGUUGGUGGAAUCUGACUGGCUGGAUUUCGGGCACAAGUUCGGGGACCGCUGCGGCCACCAGGAGAAUGCAGAGGACCAGAACGAGCAGUGCCCCGUGUUCCUGCAGUGGCUCGACUCUGUCCACCAGCUGCUCAAGCAGUUUCCCUGCCUGUUCGAGUUUAACGAGGCCUUCCUGGUGAAGCUGGUGCAGCACACCUACUCCUGCCUCUACGGCACCUUCCUGGCCAACAACCCCUGUGAGCGAGAGAAGCGCAACAUCUACAAGCGGACCUGCUCUGUGUGGGCCCUCCUGCGAGCCGGCAACAAGAACUUCCACAACUUCCUCUACACGCCUGGCUCAGAAAUGGUCCUGCAUCCCGUGUGUCACGUCCGGGCGCUGCACCUCUGGACAGCCGUGUACCUGCCGGCGUCAUCUCCGUGCACACUUGGGGAGGAGAGCAUGGACCUCUACCUCUCCCCGGUGGCUCAGAGCCAGGAGUUCUCCGGCCGCUCUCUGGACAGAUUACCUAAAACGAGAUCUAUGGAUGAUCUUCUUUCUGCCUGUGACACAAGCAGCCCCUUGACACGCACAUCCAGUGACCCCAACCUGAAUAACCACUGUCAGGAAGCCAGAGCAGGCCUGGAGCCCUGGCAUGGCAAUCCCGAGGCAUCGCAGACCACCUUCGUGGAGUCUGGGGCUGGAGGUCCCCAGCAGGCUAUAGGGGAGAUGGCGGUUCCUCCCUCGGUGCCCAGCAGCCAGAAAGACUACUUGAGCAAUAAACCUUUCAAGAGUCAUAGAAAUGGUUCUCCAGGUUACAAACCGCUUGGUGCCGCAGUGCCCCAGGAAACGAAGAGCAGCACUUCUGAUCCUGAGAUCAAAGCCCUCGCAGAGACUCAGGCCCCAGUUCCAGGCCCUCCUGCCCAGGACGAGCUGGCUAGGACUUGGGAUGGCACAGAGGAGCCACCUGAACACUGUCCUGAAAAAGCAGCUAUCCACGCACUCUCUAAAGUUGUCUCGGACGAGUGUGAAGGAACUGGUGACUUUCCUGAGUCCUCCCAGAACCCCCUCCCAGGUGCCCCCCAGCACGCCCCGCUGGACUGUGUGCUGGGCAUGCCCUCCAGAUGUGCCCCAGAUCAUGGUCUGGGCACCCUCUGCAACCCACCGAGUGCUACCUGCCAAACUCCUCCUCCAGGCCCCAGCGCCGACGUUCUCAGCCAGGACCCCCGAGGGUCUGCGGCAAGUGUCGCCCACCAGGAACCGCCUAGUUCUGUGCUAGAUACGGUUCCCGGGGAGGAAGACAGCGGCAAGAGAGGGAAUCAUAGGAAUGGGCAGUUACUGGAGAACCCCCGCUUUGGGAAAGUGCCAUUGGAAUUGGCCCGAAAGCCGAUUUCUCAGAGCCAGAUCAGCGAGUUCUCUUUCUUAGGGUCCAACUGGGACAGCUUCCAUGGGAUGGUGACUUCACUCCCCAGUGGGGAGACCACCCCUCGACGGCUGCUUUCUUACGGCUGUUGUAGCAAGAGGGCGAGCAGUAAGCAGAUGCGGGCACCGGGGCCCUGCUUUGGGGGCCAGUGGGCUCAGAGAGAAGGGGUGAAGUCGCCAGUCUGUUCUAGUCAUUCCAAUGGACACUGUACUGGUCCAGGUGGAAAAAACCACCAGAUGUGGCUGUCUGGUCACCCAAAGCAGGUCCCCAGCACGAAGCCUGUCCCCCUGAGCUGCCCUUCUCCAGUGCCUCCUCUCUACCUGGACGACGAUGGACUCCCCUUCCCCACGGAUGUGAUCCAGCACAGGUUACGGCAGAUUGAAGCAGGGUACAAGCAGGAGGUGGAGCAGCUCCGUCGACAGGUGCGUGAGCUUCAGAUGAGGCUGGAUAUCCGCCACUGCUGCGCCCCUCCAGCGGAGCCCCCCAUGGACUAUGAGGACGAUUUUACGUGUUUGAAGGAGUCAGAUGGCAGUGAUACAGAAGAUUUUGGCUCUGAUCACAGUGACGACUGCCUUUCAGAAGCCAGCUGGGAACCUGUUGAUAAGAAAGAGACUGAGGUGACUCGCUGGGUUCCAGACCACAUGGCAUCACAUUGCUAUAAUUGUGACUGUGAAUUCUGGUUGGCCAAACGCAGACACCAUUGCAGAAAUUGUGGAAAUGUAUUUUGUGCUGGCUGCUGCCACCUGAAGUUGCCCAUUCCUGAUCAACAACUCUAUGACCCAGUUCUCGUCUGUAACUCAUGUUACGAACAUAUCCAAGUAUCUCGGGCCAGGGAACUCAUGAGCCAACAUCUGAAGAAGCCCAUUGCUACAGCUUCCAGUUGA